AUGCUGCUCCAAACCAGCCUCACCACACCACCGAAGGCCAUGAGCAUCGCCGUCGCCGUGGUGGUGCGGCCAAAGCCUCUGCCAGCCGUAGCGUCGGUCAGUGGAUGGGGGUGGGUCUCCCUCGCGUGGCUGCCGCCGCUGCUGCUGCUGCUCUCCGUGGGCGCUACAGGAGCGGCCGUGGCUGAAGGAGGGGCGCCCGUUGCUCCCGUGGUGCUGAUCCCUGGAGUGGCCGGAAGCGUGCUCUACUACUCCGACGUCAUCUCACGCCUGCCGCUGGGUGUGGCAUGGCUGCGUUUCUUCGAUGACGAUUACGUGGUGCGCAAGUACAUGCUGGUGCGCUACAACGAGACCACCAUGCUCACGGAAACUCUCAACCCUUCCGUGUUUCUCGACGUGGCGACCGGAGACCACGGCCUCGACGGCAUCUCCCUCCUCGACCCCGAUGACUGGCUUGGAGUCACUUCGUACUUCGGGGCGAUGAUCCAGGCCUUGCAAGGGCGAGGGCACGUGCCUGGUCGCACUUUGUUUGGGAUGCCCUACAACUGGUGCGACCACAACAUCUUCCACGCCGAUGCGUUGGCGCGGCUGGUGGAGCGGGCCUUCAAUGCGUCUGGCGGACAGAAAGUGCACCUCGUGGCCCACUCGAUGGGCAACCUCCCCACCAAACUCUACCUUGCCCUCCGCCCUCAGCACGCCUCCCGCUACGUGGCCUCGUGGACCGCUCUCGCUGCUCCUUUUCUCGGCGCCGGCGCCGUUGGGCUGGAGACUGUGUUACAGGGGCGCCCGCAGUUGCCGGUGUUCUUUCUGUCCAAGGAGCUCGACCACGCCCUCCAGGUGGUUGCCCCGGCCAGCUACGAGCUCCUGCCGGCCGACGACCAGCGCUGGGGCGAUGCCAAAGCCCCUUCCGUGGCCUAUCAGAACGCGACCUCGGGCGUGUGGAUUAACGUGACCAUGAGCGCGGGCUUUCCGGCCCUGGCCGCCGCAAGCCUCGCCCACAACUCGAUCGUCGAUCCCAACACGGGCCGCCCGGUGCCGUUGCCCUUCGGGUGGACCCAACUGUCCGUCGCGGAGGACACCGUGCGGCGCCUCGUUCAGGCGCCUCUCGCCCACGCCUUCGCGUUCCCCUACCACGGCGUGGUCGGCACGGGCACCCCCACGCCGCUCCACAUGGUCUUUGCCGACCCCGUCGCCGACCUCGCCCAGCUCAGCAAGGAGGCCUCCCGCUACUCCUUCCUCCCCACCGACGGCGACGGCGUCGUGCCCCUCCACAGCUCGCAGGCGGACGGGUUCUCCACCGGCGGAGGAGGCACUCGCACGGUGUACGAGGUCCCCACCGUCGGCCACUUCGAGCUGGCCACCGACCAGCGCGUGGUCGACCUCGUCACGUGCCUCCUCGACCACCACGACCAUGACCACGACCCCGCGCACGAGGGAUCCCCCUGUGUCUUUGCCGCAAAACUUAACUUAAUGUAA